AUGAUAACAUUAAAAGACAUUUAUAUUUUGAUUGAAAAUGCAGAACAGCAAUCACGAAAGGGAAAGGUGAAGAAGGCGAUUAGUAUAUACAAGGUGGCCUGUAAGGAAAUAGAUCAGUUAUUAGGUUCCAUUGAGGAUGACGGUGUCGAUCAAGACAUAAUAACUGCGGUUGCAUUGCUUAAGAGAAACAUUAUGCAGACGGUUAGAGAUCUUGAAAACUUUCUUCGAAGAACUAAUUUUGAUUUCCUUAAUAGUGACUCAAUUGCCAAUAAUACACCACCCUCUACUGCCAAUACAAUACCAUCUAAUCUUAGAAAUGAUAAUUUGAAUUCGAUGUUUCAGAGUACAAAAUUAAUGACCAAUAGUUUAGCCAUGUGGGAGCAGGAUCAACCAAUAGACAAUUUUAGCAGCGAUCCUUUUUUGAUAACGUUAUUGAAUCGAUUGCAAAAUACACUCCUCGACAUAACGAAAACAUCUGAUCAUGUAGAAGAGGACGUUUCCCAACAAUUUCAAUUAUUUAAAAGAGAUUUAAUUUGGUACGAACAAAAGAAGUUUAGUGACUUCAAUAACCAUAUAAAGAAGAUGAAUGACGAAAAGAAGAAGCUAGAAAAUCAAAUAACUCGUCAGAAAGAAUUAUGGGAAGGUUUAGUUGAAAAUGUGAAGGCUAAAAAGAGAUGA